AUGGAUUCUACAUACGGUCCUUUAGACAACUAUGGCCUUCACAAAUAUGCUCUUAUUGGGGAUGACGAGGGCGUUCGCCGCGCGCUGAGCAAAGGAGCCGAUAUCAACGCGCUCGACACCGCAGGACGAACAGCGCUCAUGUGCGUUGUAGCAGGCGAACACUGGCAGAAUAUCGACGCGUACGACGCGUCUUUUAUGAGCCCAAAGCGUCUGAACGCGCUCAAGAUCAUCCUCAGUCAACCUGAUAUAUCGCUUUUCACGCUCAACGCGCCACAUUCGUCGAUGAACGGUGUGAUUCCGCUGUGUAUGGCUGCGUGGCUAAAUCAGCCCGAUGCCGUACAGAUGCUGCUCGAAGAAAGUGUAGACUCUGUUUCCGUCGAUGGUAUGGAUGCCCAUGGAGCCACGGCGUUGAUGUAUGCGGCGCGUGACGGUAGCUUAGAGGUUGUAAGAGUACUGCUCUCACAUGGCGCUCGUCCCGAUUUUAGAGACCGAAACCAUCGAACCUCCGUGCAAUUCGCGCUGCCGUAUCCGCAGAUUCUAUGGCUCUGUGAAACGGUCUUACGUCGCCAUCGAUGGCGGGAAAGCAAGUCCGCGGACAGAACGCGGUUGUGCUUAGGCACAGAGCGCAUUAUCGAACUCGCUUGUGCUUCAAUGCCAUCGACGGAAGACCUCGAGCCGCCCCCUCUAUCCAUCUUUACGCAAGAGGCUAUCGCAAGGUUAACCAAUACACUCGUGUCCUGCAUCCGCUCGUGCGAUGUGGCCUUUAUGCAUUCGCUGCUUUUCUCGCCCGCGGUUCAUGCUUCGUCUCCGCCCGCCCUGUAUCCGAUGUCCGUUCCGCCUCUCGUGAACGUCCAAGACGCGAACGGAUGGAGCCUCAUCCAUCAUUGCUGUGCAGCCGAGUACCCGUCCAUCGAGAUCCUAGAUACGCUGUACUGCGCCGGUGCGGAUGUAUCCGCGUUCACAGCGCAGGAACAACAGACACCGCUCCAUGUCCUCGCCCGAUUCGCUCAUUCAACUUCGGCGCACGAUUACUCGGAUUCUAUACACUCCUUGCAACAGUUUACGCUGCAUCUUGUCCAGGACCUCCGCGCGCCUCUGCUGGCUCGUGAUAAAGACGACGAGACGUGCAUUCAUCUUGCUGCCGAACACGGUCAUUCCAUUGAACUGCUUAUGCUUUUGAUUGAAUGCGACUCCACUGGGGCUGUUCGUAAGAUGCGAAAUUCGCGUGGACUGACCCCCCUUGAAGUCGCGAAAAAAGAAUUCGCACAUGCCUUUGUUUCCGAAAAGGACAACAUCCCUGCAUCCGCGCUAUCAAACUGCAACAUGCGUCCAUCAGACUCUUUCGCGUCACUUUCAUCCCUCUCAGACUUGAAAUCGCCAUAUCACGGGAUCAUCAGCGACGGCUCAUCCAUAUUCUCUUCCUCAGACACAUUUGACGUCGGCGAGACAACACACCAGCUCCUUCUGAACCUCCGCGCGACAUCCACAACGCUCGCGCACCCAAGAGACCCCGCGCACAUCCAGAGCCUCGAAGACCGCCUCGACGAGACAUCCGCGCAGUGCAACUCCAUCGUCAUCCACUUCCGCAGCCGCAUCGAGGAGGCCGCGCGCGUCGUCGACGACCUCAAGAAGAGCGCAGCGCGAAUCGGCGCGGUGAGAGACGGCGUGGUCCUCGCGACGCGCAGCAAGUCGAUUAUGCGCCAGAUCAAGCCAAUGACGGUCACGUCGCGCAGGCGGCAGCGCGACUCCGAGGAUUCGCAGACGACGGCGGUGCACGGCACGGGUUCUUCCGUCGUUGACGACGAUGCCGGCUCGGCACCCUCUUCGCCUUCCAGUCUGAACAGGCAGCUCACAGACCGCGUGUCGACGGGUGUGCAGACGACGCUCCUGGAUCUGUUUGUGGUUACUAACAGCCCUUCACCGUCGGAUGCUGCAUGGACUGAGCGCUUUGUGCGGUCGCCCGAGUCUGGAGCGUGUAGGGCGCACUUUGAGGGUAUUUGGGACGCGGAAUGUCAGCUUGCGCAGAUUCGCCAGCAACAGAUCGAGCGGGCGUCAUCGGUAACGCCUACGCCUACAUCUCCAGGCAGCGUCGAAGCGUCGAAAUCUACGCUCAGGCUGAAGCAUAUUAUCAAGAAGAAGAAGAAACUCGAGGACAAGAUUAUGGAGAUCGAGGCGGACAGCGAUCAUCUUCGACUCCUCAAGAAAGAUACUAUGACGGGGCCAUCGAGAGUCAAAGCGUGGUUGAAGAGGAUGAUGGUGACAACGGCAGCAGCGCAAGCAGUGGAGCCAUCUCAACAGGCACUCCCUAAGCUGCAGAUUGUGCUGGACCUAGAGGACCAGGGUUCUUGCUUUGUAGGCCACGAAAUCAAGCGCCCUCAUUCUCAUGCGGCGCCCAAGUCAACAACGAAAUCGGGCGAUGCGCUUGAUGCUUCUAUCGAUAAUGCGCUUCGUACGUCUCCGAUUGUGUUGGAGAAUGCUCAUCGGGAUUUAAUCAGCAUUGGCGAAUGUUUGGCUGCUGCUGAACAGUUCAUUGACUCUGCAAACCACUCAAUCUCAAGGACACAACGGAUCGUCAAGCGCGCUCUCAAGAAACGAGAAGCGCUAAUUGCAGACCUUCACGCCGCGGCAACCGCCGAAGCCCUCCACCCGCAAACCUCCGACCUUCUCUCCGCCGCUGCCGAUACAUCGGCCGACACACUCUCCCCGGGCCUGCUAGGCUACACCACCGCCCUAUCCCUCUCCGCACGCCCCAGCCUCGCGUCCAUCUCCACCAUCUACUCCACCGCGUCCUCGGUCGCGUCCGUCGCUGCUACGCUGACGGAAAACGACGACGAAGACACGCGCAUCAUCCGCCGGUUGCUUUUGCGCAAGAUCGAGGCGCAGACGUCUGGUGCGUGGGAUGAGGUGGAUAAAGUCACUGGAUGGCUGUCUAUCGUUAAGGAGUCUGUGCGUAGUGUCAAGCGCAGAGCGUACUUGUAA